UUCAAUCACAAACACAUACUCAAAAAAAUGGAUUCAAUUAUGUUUUUCACCAUUGCAACUCUUCUAAUCUCCACAAUUUUUGCGAUGAUUCGAAGGUCGAGAAAUCGGAAUCCGAAUCUGCCCCCGGGCAGCCUCGGGUGGCCGCUCGUGGGCGAGUCGCUCGAGUUCCUCCGCGCCUCGGUCGACGGGGAGCCGGAGGAGUUCGUGCGGAGGAGGGUGAAGAGAUAUGAUUCUCAAGUUUUUAAGAGUAGCCUAAUGGGGGAGAAUAUGGUGUUCAUGUGUGGGGCUGCCGGGAACAAGUUCUUGUUUAGCAACGAGAGCAAGGCGGUGACCGUGUGGUGGCCGGGGUCCGUGAGGAAGCUGCUCGGGCCGUGCUUGGCCACGAGCACGGGAGAGGAGGCGAGGCUCGCGAGGAGGAUGAUCGCGUUGUUCUUGACCCCGGAUGCCUUCUCGAAGCUCUAUAUCAAGACUAUGGAAACGGUCUGUCACCAGCAUAUCAAAACUCACUGGGAAGGUAAAGAUGAGGUCAAAGUGUUUCCGACGAUCAAGCGGUACACGUUUGGGCUUGCGUGUCGGCUUUUCAUGGGGCUCGAGGACGAGGAGCAUAUCGGGAAGCUAGCUUUGAUGUUUAAUAUUUUCCUUGCAGGUUUAAUCUCGUUUCCGAUAAAUUUUCCCGGGACGAGAUUCUGGAGGGGAAAGUUAGCAACACAUGCGAUCAAGGAUGAAGUGCUAAAGAUAGUGAGAGCGAGGAGGUCUAGUUCCGAGCAGAAACUAGACCUUCUUAAUCAUCUGAUUACCACCCCGGAUGAGAGAGGCAAUUAUAUGACCGAUUCCGUCAUUGUCAACAAUAUCCUCAUGUUGCUUUUCGCGGGACACGACACCACUAGUGUCACCAUCACCAUGACUUUCAAGUGUCUCGCGGCACGCCCAGAUAUUUAUGAAAGGGUUCUCAAAGAGCACGAGGGCAUAGGCGAAUCCUUGCAGUGGGAGGACCUACAGAAGAUGAAGUACACGUGGAGCGUUGCGUGUGAAGCUUUGAGGCUUACACCGCCCGUCAUUGGUGGGUUCAGAGAAGCCUUGGUUGACAUAGACUACAUGGGCUACCACAUUCCCAAGGGAUGGAAGUUGUUUUGGAGCGCCUCCAACACACACAUGGACUCGGGCUUGUUCCCGAGCUCGGCCGACUUUGAUCCAUCGAGAUUUGAGGAGUCAUCGGGGCCGGCCCCAUUUACGUUUGUGCCAUUUGGCGGGGGGCCGAGGAUGUGCACCGGGAAAGAGUUUGCUAGGCUGGAAUUGCUUCUACUAAUGCACAAUUUGGUGAAGAGAUAUAGGUGGAAGCUUGUGUAUCCUGAUGAGAAAAUUUCAUGUGAUCCAAUGCCCACACCUCUCCAAGGUCUUCCUGUUCGUCUUCAACCGCAUAACUAGUUGAAGUCUUUUCUAUUGGAAAUCAAGACCGGGUUUUAUUUUGUGCAACUGUUGUGUUAGAACUUUUAAUUUUAAUGUCAAGUUUAAUUUUAUGUAAUGUCUUGAAAUUUGUCUAUCAUUCAUAAGUUUACUGA